UUCAAUCUGUCAAGGGAGCAUCUGUUUUCGUGAUGUCUCAUACGCCUGCGCAGAAAUAUAUAAGUACUGAUGGCAUCAUUGGCAAAAACACAAUUGUGUCCGCUCUUCCCGUAUCAUGUCACCAAGAAUUUUUACUAUCUAAGACCACCACAGCACAACAAUGAGUAUCCGCAGUUUUCUCUCUUUGCUCCUUGCAGUCAUCUGCAUAUCCAUAAUGAGCGAUGCCCAACCAUCAGGGUCCCGGUCAAGCGCAGAGUACUGCAUCAACAGCUACGGCGACUACAAAGGCUGCGAAGUCAAACUGACGUCCCCCGGUAGCCCCGACUCAACUUAUUACGUCACCGCAGGAUAUUCAAAAACCAUCACUCUACCAGACGGCAAAUCCAUGACCAUCAGCUCCCCCUCAUCGGGAAGCUGCAACAUCGACAAAGGAUCGGAGACCUUGACCCGGGCGGGCACCUUCGGAGACUCCCUCAAAACCGUCAGCCCAACCUCGAAUUAUGCAUCAGUUGCUCAACUACAAACCAUCACCCCAACCUCAUCAGUCUCGAAUUACGCACCCGUUGGUCAACUACGGUCUGGUAUAUCGUACACUGUUCACAGUCAUGGAGACUCAAGGGGUUGCACGACAGAGAUCAACUCCACGGACAGCACCAACUCGAUACUCUACACCAGUGCUGGAUCGUCGAAAACCAUCAGCCUGCCGGAUGGCAGAACCAUGGUCGUCACGUCUCCUUCCUCCGGGGGUUGCAGCAUAAAUAAGGGGUCUGAAACCCUGAGCAAAGCCAGCCAAACUGACACCCUCGCUCAGAACUCGUUGAGAACUUCCCUCCAAACCGGAACUAACCCACCGGAGCUACUGCUGCCUAACUCUCCGCCGAAGAAGUUCCCUGCUCUUUGGUCCGCCUACAGUGUCCAAACCUACGGCGAUAACAAGGGCUGUACAACGAAGAUCAAUUCCACGGGCGAUGCUAGCUCGAUACACUUCAUUAAUGCCGGAUCGACGAAGAACAUCGACUUACCAGACGGCAGGAACAUCGUCAUUUCCUCCCCUUCCACAGGGGGCUGUAGAAUGCUCGAGGGAUCCGAUGCUCUGGUCAAAAACGGGGGUGGUGUCAGCGAGAAGGUUUUCAGUAUUUCGCCUGGAUCAACCUUCUACAAUUCCUCGCCGGAGUAUAAGCAAUCGACUUACGAGUAUACUGUCAAAGGCCAAGGUGACCAGAAUGGGUGCACCACGAAAAUAACGUUCGCCAACCGUCCAGAUGAGACCCACUAUGUCCAAGCCGGUUCCUCCAAGACCAUUUACCUUCCGAGUGGCAAAAACAUCACCAUCACCUCAGCAUCCUCGGGGGGUUGUACCAUUAAUAAGGGGUCGUCGUCAAACCAAGGACUCUCCAGUGACUCGGGAGUGAAGUGUCUUACUUGCCCUUAGUUUGCGACAUCAAACGUAUUUGGGGCGAAAAGUGCCUUCAAUUUGUGGCUAUGCAAUUUGAGCUACGUAGAAGCCCAGAAAAUUGUAUCCUAUUUUUCAAUUUGCGAAUCAUUACAAUUUAAAAUACUGAUGAAGAGCAAAAAUCAAGCAAACAUGCUCAAUAGACAGCCGCCAAGAUUUAAUUAUUUAUUAAUAAAUUAUUUAUAUCCAUUUAUUUUUCAGUGCAUCUCAUAAUGAAUAAAUCAUGGCAAAAUUGUUCUAAAAUUAAAAUAGUAUUAUGAUUGAUAUGAAUCAAUAAUUGUUUUACCCCCAUAAGAAAA